AUGGCUGUUCCCACACAGUUGGCUUACCGUUCCGCCAAGGGCAUCGGGCUCUUCAAUGCUGCUCCAGUCUACGAGCCGCUUCCAGGAUUCGUGCGCCCAGAAGGCAACCUUCGUUGCUGCGCCUACUCGCCAGACAGCAAGUAUUUCGCAUGGGCUACACCUGAUCAGGUCUCUGUAAUUGACGCUUCCGUCGGCCAUAUUGUUACCACACUCCCCACACCGAACGUCUACGAGCUCGGUUUCUCUCCACUGGGCACCUACCUUAUAACAUGGCAGCGGCCCUCCAAGGACGAGGACGGAAAUGCGACAAAGAACCUCCGGGUCUGGAAGACGCUCUCCGACGAAGCCGAAGAUGACGGAUCGCGGGCAGUGAUUGGCGAAUACGUUCAGAAGAACCAGAAUGGCUGGAACCUGCAAUACACAUCCGACGAGAAGUUCUGCGCCCGCGUUGUGACAAACGAGGUGCAGUUCUUCCAAUCGAGUGAUCUGCGUAACCCCUGGAACAAGCUCCGUGUAGAGGGAGUAACGGAAAUGGCCCUGUCGCCCGGUAAGAACCAUUCAGUUGCAGUUUUUGUGCCGGAGCGCAAGGGCAUGCCCGCUGCCGUCAAGGUGUUUGCGGUACCUCAAUUCAGCCAACCUGUAUCGCAAAAGACCUUCUUCAAGGGUGACAAGGUUCAGCUCAAGUGGAAUGACCUUGGUACCAGCCUGAUUGUGCUAGCCCAGACUGAGGUUGACAAGACCAACAAGAGCUACUACGGAGAGACGAAUAUGUAUAUUCUUAGCGCCAACGGCACGUUCGAUUCGCGCAUCCAGUUGGAUAAAGAGGGACCUAUUCAUGAUGUCUCGUGGUCGCCCAACUCGAAGGAGUUUGGUGUUACCUACGGUUACAUGCCUGCAAAGACGACCAUUUUCAACCAGCGGGCAGUUCCCCAGCACAGCUUUGAUUUGGGCCCACGCAACACUAUUCUGUUCAGCCCCCACGGUCGUUUUGUCAUUGUCGCUGGUUUCGGCAAUCUUGCUGGAGACAUGGAUAUUUAUGAUUUGGAGAAGAAUUUCGCCAAGGUGUGCCACGUCAAGACAUCCAACUGCACAUACUGCGAGUGGAGUCCGGACGGCCAGCAUAUCCUCACUGCAACGACUAGCCCGCGUCUGCGAGUUGACAAUGGCAUUCGUAUCUACCAUGUCAGCGGCGGUCUCAUGUACAAUGAGGACAUGACGGAGCUGUAUCAUGUUGUUUGGCGACCUCAGCCGACGUCGAUGUACCCGCUGGCGGACCCCCUGACUGCUGUCCCAACGCCGCACUCGUCAGCGCUGGCGUACCUCAGCACUCAAAAGACACCCUCGAAGCCUGCUGGUGCCUACCGUCCUCCUGGCGCGCGUGGAACAGCUACUCCAUUGCACUUCAAGCGUGAGGACGAGGGAGGUGCAGCCUUCCACAACACUGGCGUUUCAUCGACAAACGUUGGGUUUGCCAAUGGAUUCGGCAAGCCGCGUCGUCGUGAGGUGCCUGGUGCAGACACCGCCGAGUCUCUUCCUCCCGGUGCUGCCCCUGGUGGUGGUGUCAGUCUUACCGGUGCUCAGGAUGGUGACGGAGAGCUUUCCAAGGCCGCUUUGAAGAACAAGAAGAAGCGCGAAGCUAAAAAGGCGCGUGAAGCUGCUGACAAGGCUGCUGGUCUGGGUGUAGACGGUGCCAAUGGUUCUAAUGGAGCCACUGACGGUCGUAGCCCAGAGCGUCGCCAACGCAGCCGCAGCAAGAGCGGAUAUGAGCAACACGGAAGGAGCGCUAGCCAAGCCCGCAAUUAUGGCAACAGCCCCAACCGUCAGGCCAGGCAAGAGGGCAAUCGCCGACAGAACCCCGGUCAACAGGGUGCUGGCCAUGCUCCUCCAAUCAAGACGGAAGGCCAUGCUCCUCCGCCCGACCUCACUGUCACUAGCCCCGGAGACGGCGGCCCUCAGGACAAGAAGAUUCGCGGCUUGCUCAAGAAGAUGCGUGCCAUUGAAGAGCUGAAGAUGAGGCAAGCAGGCGGAGAGAAGCUUGAGGACACUCAGAUCAAGAAAAUUAGUACCGAGGUUCAGAUCAAGAAGGAGCUGGAUGCUCUUGGCUAUUCUGGUUAG